UUAACUAAUAAUAUCAUAAACAUGUCAGACCCAACCAACUCUCCCCAAGUCACCCUUCCCUUCCCCCACCUCCCACAAGGCUCCCAUCCACUUCUAAAAUCCCUCAAAGCCUCCAUCUCCCAAACCCUCCACUCAAAAUCGACUCUGCACCACUACAACUCCUCCCACCUCCAGUCCUACUCAAUUCGGCUGCAUCAAAUCCACCAGAGUCUUCUUCGCACAAAGGCCGAAAUCUCCCAGACUGACUGGGCAGGCCUCACCGACCAGAUCCCUGCUCUUUCACUGGGCAUUGAGCAGGUGAAGGCUGAAGUUGACCAGGUUCUGGAGAAGUACAACCAUUUGUUCUGUUAUGGGCUUACUAAGAAGAAGAGACCGCCCAAGAAAAGGUGUAUAAAGACAGGCAAAAAAUUAGUCCCUAAAAGUACUUCCUUAGCUUUGACCUGAAGCAGAGUCUUGAAAGCCCGAGAGAAUUACAAAAAGACUUUUACUCACGUCGAAAACAGAGUUUACGAGCAAACUAUUGAAAUUGACAGCCAAGUCUGGGCUGCCUGUCACGAAAAUAUGAACAGUUAUAAUUUCAGAACAGGAGAAGAAGGCUUUAGACCUGAAGAUAGGCUCGUUAUUGAUUGGGAAGAUCCUUCAAACUAUAAACUCGUCAAGAAGCUUCAGAAAAUUACUCUUAUUUGGCUUGACGAAGUGAGGAUAAUAAAUAUCUCAGAAAGACACCCAGAACUGGCAAAAUCAAUUCUAAGUGGCUUAGUUCCAAGAAAAAUUAAUCACCUAGAAUUAAGAGCAGAUCAAUUUGUUAAAAUUGAAAAAUUCAUGGAUGGGUUCACUUGAGCUAACCUUAAAGUGCAAAUAAAGGUCACACUUUACAAUUUUAACAUUAAAAACCAACUAUGUUUGAAGAACAAAGGCGAGAAAAUAAAAGAUGACUAUUGGCUGGUUAAAUUCUUUCAGGAGUACAAACAUGUUAAGGCAAUAAAGUUCUCUGAAUGCAUAUUAGAUUUCGAAGAUAUCUCUGAUUUUUCUCGAGCAUUGAAGAACACCUCUAUUGAAACAUUAACCUUUGGUGAGAAAUAUGGUUGAUAUAAACGCUGCUGGUUAGGAUUUAAUGGUAAAAGAUUCCAUAACUUUAUUGAAGGUAUUUCUAACUCAGACUUGAAGAAAUCUCUACAGAUUUUAUGAUUUCCACAAUGUUUCGAAGCUGAACAAAAUACUGUUAGUGUUUUGAAGGACAAUGGACUAGACCAUGUUGAGAUAUACAGCCACAUCCGUAAAAACUGAUACCCACAGAGUGGAUAUGGGCGCCUAUUUGACUAUUAUAGAGAUAUUUUAUUUCAGUCUUAG